GGUGCGGAUUUCCCCAGGGUGAUGGCCAUAAAAAUAUUUGUCUUUCUUCCAACGACACGUUCAGACAUACAGUUCUGAAGAAGAGAGAUUGCAGGCAGACUUUUUGCUUCAUCCCGUUACAUUUUCCGUUGCGUUGUCCAAGCAUGUCUCGUGGUGAGUUUGGAGGUCCAUCGUAUGGCACCCUCUCUGACAGCAAUGCUGCCGUAGGUUAUGGCAGGCCUUCGUCAUCAAGAUACCAAGGUGAUACUGGGGAAAGAUUUCAAAAUCUCAGUGACUCAGUUAGCAGUAACAUCUUCCAGAUUAACAACAACACCUCAGCAUUGGAGCGCACACUUAAGCAGUUAAUUGGAGGCAAGGAUAGCCAAGAGGAAAAACUACAUAGAAUACAACAAGCUACAAAUGAACUUGCCAGUAAGACAACUUUGCUCUUAAAGGAGAUGAGUUCUCUUUGCGGUGGAAGCAGCCCAACUGCAAGACAGCAGCGUGUUCAGCAUGAAAGACUAAAGGGUGAAUUUAGAGAGUCUAUUUCACGGUACUACUCUGUACAAAAUAAAGUGGUUGAAAAGGAAAAGUUAUUAGUCGGUUCAACAAGUACAAGAACUUCACAGAGGCAAGACAGAUUCGGAGAUGACGGAUUUGGAAAUGAAAAAAGUAGCUUAAUGGAGGACGACCAAAGGAGGCAAGAGCAAGAGCAGCUGGAUGUACAGAUUGAUAUCGAUGAAUCACUGAUAAGGGACAGAGAAGAACGGAUCCGACAGAUAGAGGGAGAUAUUUUAGAUAUCAAUGAGAUAUUCAAAGACCUUGCAACUAUGGUUUACGAACAAGGCGAUAUGGUCGAUUCAAUUGAGGCUAAUGUUGAACGUGCACACACCCACGUGGAAGGAGCGAACAUACAGCUUAGCAAAGCUAGUCUUUACCAGAAAAAAGCCCGAACCAAGAUGUGCAUUUUGCUUGUCGUUCUUUUGGUUGUUGGUGGAAUUAUAGCCUUAAUUGUUGUUUUAACAAAAAAUUGAAAUAGUUCUACGGGCUAAUUUAUAUACUAAAUCAGUCAUAGCAGUCGAUGAGGAAUCCAGAAUUACCUCAGUUGUAUUUGAAUGUAGGUAUCACUUUUUGAUAAACUUGCACACCAUCUUCCGUUUGAAUGGUGUGUUAUGUUAGAGUCACUCUUCAGCAGAUGGUCGAAAAUGUGGUCUCACAAAAUGACUACUUAAACAGUUAGAGAAAACGAAAAAAAUAAACUACACCCGACUCAAUGGCCAUUUUCUAUUGAACCAUUUCAUUUAAGUCUUUAUUUGUUGAGCAAUCAGAUUUUAAUAUCAACACACCACUCAAAUGAAUGAUUAUCCGCUAGUGUUUAUAACUAAAGUAAGAAAACGUUCUUUCUUUGUCACGAAAAUAGUGGCAAAACUUCUUUAAUUCUAAGAACUGUUCGUCAAACAGUUUGCUGAACAAGUAAAUUUAAACAAUUUACGUUGAGACAUUCUUUGUCACACAAAGUGGGGUGAAAAAUGCAAGCGAAGACUGAAACACAAGACUGCCUCUUUUCCAGAAAACGGCACCUUCACUUUAAUUGUAGUAGAUAAGGUAAUGAAUUGCUAGCCGAGUCAUAAAACAUUCGCGGUGAUUUAGAGGUUUUCGGUUGUAUAGUUAAAGACUCGUUAGCUUGUUCGCUUCUUCGAGUGUUACCGAGAACAAUGACGUUAGUACAGUUUUACCGUCAAAGAAAAAUUUAUGUUAUUCAUAUUCAGUUCUUGCUUUUGAAUUCAUAGAAAACAAAUUGUGUUGCGUUCACUGAGGAUAAAACCAAAGAAAUGUAAUGUCACUGAAAGCCGUCAGGCGUCUAUUUUGUCUUUCCUGGGUUCUCGUGCUUUGAGUUCUCAAGCUGUAAAAGCCGUUUUCAUCAGGUUUUACCGGUAGAGCCGGUAAAGCCGGUAUGGUUGGUAUAGCCAGUUCCAGGCGUUCGGUUAGUUGUGGGACAACGCGAAAAACGGCGACAGAAAGAAGCAGUGCACGGAAAAGCUCCGUCCCAAUCCCCGCCACUGUUUUUUCUUUCGCCGUGCUUCGUGCUGCUCUCGAACGAGCGAAAGGCCUGGAAACUGCCAGAUCACGUUAUGUUACUGAUCAGGCCUGGUUUCUGAUCAAAGCCCGCUUUUGUGUUCUGGUAAUGUAGUAAAGGUUCAAGUAUUAAGUGUUAUUUUUGAUGAAUGGUAUGAAAGAAUUUUGAUAAAAUAAAGACGAACGUAAACCUAAAAA